GGCCAAGUGCACACGACUUCUUCCCUUGAAGCCGUCAUCACAAUUCACAGGCUGCACAGCACACAAACCCCGCGUAGGGGUAGAGAUCACCUCACCCCUCCCGACUCCGGCGCAUCCAUUCGGUCGCUGCCGGAUGCGUGCUUGACCCGGCCAUGGAUGACUCUGUCCCUUUCAAUGACCUCGGUCCCUCCAAGCCCCCGUCGGCCUCUUUCUACGACGAUAUGUUCGAGUCCUACUUCAAUCGCGCGGCCGAGGCCCCCGAGCCCGCGCCUAAGGCUUCUUCCUCGCCGUCGACGCCGCCGCCCGUGUUCGACAAGCCAGUCUUCGACGACGAUCCUUACACGGCCGAUCCAUUCGACGCGAUCCCCUUGUUUGGAGGCGGUGGUGGAGGGGAAGAGGAAGACUUGCACGGUGGCGUCCGGAGUGCGGCAAAGCCGGAGAGGACGGAGUUGGAGGUGGUGGGUUUUGAUGAAGAUUUGUUCCCUGGGUUGGCUGGGAGCACCAAUUUUCCCAUGGAGAAGCCGGCCAGGGAGGUGGAGCGGGACCGUCAACCAGUGGGGUUCGACGACGAGUUGAUCCCUGGAUUCGAUGGAAGCAUGAAGCCAGCGCCGCAAAUGGAGCCUGAGACAGUGGCGUUUGAUGAUGAUGUGAUCCCUGACUGCAGUGGAGGCACGAGCUAUCCCUCUUCGGCAAGGGAGGAACCUAUAACGAGACAAGAAAGUGAAUCAAUUUCCUCUAGCAAAAUUAGCAUGAGCAUGCCAGAAGAUCCUUUCGUUACUUUAGGUGGUACACACAAAUCGGGAUAUUCAUCUUUAGGGUUGUUUUCAAAUCUUCUGAAUAACAUUGGCAUGCCUAGAAAGGAAGCGGACACAACGCCUGAUAAUACCAGUGGGAUAUUUCAGGGUUCUGAUAUCUUUACUGAGUUUCCAAAAGCCAUGCCACCCUUUUCGUUUACAUCUGAAAACCAGAGUGAUAGAACUGAAAGGAGAUAUACUGAAAACAUAAUCAGCACGAGUCACUCCGAUCGGCUGCCUCAGGAGAAGACAGUCCAACAAGCAUCAACAGAAGCACCUGCCAAUACAUUGACUGAGAUGAACUUCCCUGAAGCAUCUGUUGUCCAUGAAGUACCUGUUACCACUAGUUUUCAGACAUUGAACCCAUUUGUUGAGGAAGACGAUUUGUUAGAGGUGAAUCAAUCUUCACAAACGACUAAUGAUGUGUGGCUAACUGUUUUAGAUAUUGCUUUAGUGACACUACCUACAAGUGCGCCACCUCCUUCAAGGCCUCCACCUCCACUUGCUGCUAAGAAACCACCUACUGAAUCUGUAACUAGUGAAGCAUAUGCCCAUCAUUGUAAUCAACGCUACCAUCACUCCAUAUGUUCUUCAAACACCUCUAAAACAUCCCAAAUUGAUGAAUUGGAAGAUUUUUUCUUGACAAAGCCUGCAAAUUCUGCCAUUGGUCAUCCACAAGUUCUAAAGCAUGAAGGAAAUGGGCAUUAUCCAUCUGCAGCUACUGCAAGUUUCAUGGACUGGACUGAGAUGGGACACUGUAAAAGGGGGAACCAAGGGGCAUUUGAUUCUAUGUUCACUAGCAGUCAAUAUCGACAGCCAGAAAUAGAUGAGAAAGCAGAGGUAUGUGCUCAUGAAACAGAAAGUACAGAUGAAGAAAAGAGAUUAGAGAAUGAACAAAUACAAAGAGAACAUAAAGAAGAGCAAAUAAGAGCAGAAAGGGAGAUGGAAGAAGAGCUUGAGAGGGAAAGAGAAAAUGUGAGACAAAGGGAACAAGAGGAGCAGAGGAGGCGUGAAAAAGAAAGAGUGGCCAGGCAGGCUGUAGAUAAGGCUAUACGGGAGGCACGCGAAAGAUCAGCUGCUGAAGCACGCAUGCAAGCUGAGAAGGAGGCUCGUCAAAGAGCAGAGCGAGCUGCAGUAUGGAAAGCAGCAACAGAAGCUCGUGAGAGAGCUGCAGUGGAGGCAAAGGAAAGAGCUGCGAAGGCUGCUGCAGAAGCUAAGGAAAGAGAAGCAGCAGAGGCUAGAGAAAGGGCUGCAACAGAAUCAAGGGAAAGGGAUGCCAAAGUUGCCGCAGAUGCAAGGGAAAGAGCUGCUAGGGCUGCUGCUGAAGCUAGGGAAAAGGAAACAGCAGAAUUUCAGGAGAAAGCUACUGCAGAAGCUCGGGCAAAGGCUGAGCGAGCUGCUGUUGAGAAAGCUGCAGCAGAAGCACGGUGGAGGGCUGAAAGAGCAGCUUUCGAGAGGGUUGCUACUGAAGUUAAGCAAAGGGCUUUUAAUGAUGCUAGAGAAAGGGCUGCCGCUGCAGCUGCAGCUGAAGCACUGGCAAGAGAAAAUCAGCAAAGGAGAGCAACAACAGAACCUGACCUUGAGUCAUUCUUUGGCAUGCCUUCUCGAUCAAGUAGUCUACCGAGAUCAUACAACAACACAACAACGAAUCCUUUCGAUGUUCAACCUGGCAAUGCUGGUUCUGGUGGUGUAAGGAGGACACCUUCUGGUUCAGGUUUUCCCUUUACUCAGCCUUCAUCAAGCAAUCUUAUGGAUGGCCUAUCUUCUAUAUUUGGAGCACCUUUACCAUCUGCUGUAUUUCAAGAAGUGGAUGGAGAGAGUGAAGAGAGAAGGAAGGCAAGAUUGGAACGACACCAAAGAACAAUGGAGCGUGCGGCAAAAGCUCUUGCUGAGAAGAAUGAGCGUGACUUGCAAGCUCAGCAGGAGCAAGAAGAGCGACAUAGAAUUGGUGAAUCACUUGAUUUUGAGAUAAAGAGGUGGGCUGCUGGCAAAGAAGGCAACCUACGGGCCUUGCUAACAACGUUGCAAUAUAUUCUUUGGCCUGAAUGUGGCUGGCGACCUGUAUCAUUGACUGAUCUGAUUACAGCAGCAUCUGUCAAGAAAGAAUACAGGAAAGCAACAUUGUGUAUCCAUCCUGAUAAGGUGCAGCAGAAGGGUGCAAAUCUUCAACAGAAAUACAUUGCAGAAAAGGUAUUUGACCUUCUGAAGGAAGCCUGGAAAAAAUUCAACUCAGAAGAACUCUUCUAACAACUUGUUUAGGAAAAUGUUGAUCGCAAAACAAGUAUUGGGAAGGACAGGUAGGCAAGCUACGGUAGAUAUUUUUAUUCAUUUCUAUAUUUAGUUAUAUAGUGUUUUUCUUAUUUCCUUGUUUCCGAUUUCUUGCUCGCUCUAUUCAUUGGCAUAUGCACCCUUAUUUUGUGUCAUGUAACGUUGUAUAUAUAUAUCUUUCCGUGUGCAGUGUAAGUAAACUUGUGCUCACUCCUUUCUUUUUCAUUUGCCGUGUUUUAGUUAAAAAAUGAACUAGCGGACGGCAAAUAUUCGAUAACGGAGGUAGUACUCACAGAAAAACAAAGUUUGGGAGCAAUGGGAAUGAAAUUGAUUGGAUGGGCUAAAACCCUGCAUUCCAUGGCUCCCAAACAAGUCCUAAAAGUUGCAUUUUUUACUAGCAUUAUCGCAUGGAUGUCUUGACUCCAUUGGCUAAAUGAAUUUUAUCUAGAAAUGGUUAAAUGGAUAUCAAUUCUGUAGCAUUUGGCAAAGCAUCACUCAAUGCAAUCUUCACCGUCAAUUUUGGAUAAUCCGAUAUUUGGGAGAUUUUGGAUAACAUCGUUGUACAUGCGAGUUUAGUAAAGUGUUUUUAUGCCAAACUUUAUGUUUCCAAUGGCUUUGUUAUACUUACAAACGAUGUUGACUCCAUAUAAUUUUUUGCUCUUGGACAGGGACAUACUGGUCCCUGUAGUAAUGAAGAAAGGGAGAGUAGCAGGGGCCCUGUUUGGUAAGGUACCAAAUUGUUUUUGCUAUAGUGUGUGAAGCUAGAAUUAGUGAAUAAAAAUAAUACUCCCUCCGUCUCAAAUUAGUAUUUGUUUUAGCUCUUAGUAUUUAUGUCUAUAAUCAAAUAGAUGAUAUAAAUCUAGACAUAUAUAAAACAUAUACAUCAAGUAUUGUAUGAAUCCAUUAAAAACAUAAAAUGAAUUUUAAUUUGAAAGGAAGGAAUACCAUGAAAAAGUUUAUCGUGAGUCGUGACAGGGUAUGUAGAAGCAGGCACCAGCUCGAGGGGCGAUUCCGGUUAGCUCAAGGCCAGAUAUGCAGGCUAGUCGCUCGUCCAAUCUGGAGAAGCAGCCGCCAGCUCAAGGACGUUUCUUGCUAGCUCUAGGCUAGGGAAAAUUUAACUAUUUGAUGAUAACUCUCUAAAAGAACUAUUUGAUGAUAACUCUCUAAAAGAUACUUUUAUAAUGUCCAUAACAGUUACCAUUAUUUUUUGAAACA